AUGCAGCAUCAAGUUAAAAUCAACAGAAGCAAAAAACAUUACUAUAUACUUUGGAAAAAUCUCUCUCUUGGUCUCAUACUGCCUGAAAAGAACGACAACUGUGAACUGGAUACUAAUGGACGGGUAAUCAUUGUGGAUACCAACAAACUGAAGCGCUUUGACCCACUACAGAAUACUCAUUGCUGGCACUGGCAUAUUUCAAAGUAA